GCCUUAUCUAUAAGCGACGACUCUAUCUCUAAGCGGCGUUCUCACAGUCCACAUGCCUCUUAUAUUCGUUACUUAUACAAGGUCACGUAUUACAACAACCCCUCAAAGAGACUCUAAAAUCAAUGUCAACCAUUCACUCGAGUAUCCUCCUCCGCCUCUGCUCGUCAAAAAACAACACUCAACAGCAAAUGGCCUCCAAAACAUCCCUCGCCAAAGAGCGCCCGCUCUACCCCGUUGGCAUCCCUUCCAAAUUCUCCCCCGAAGGAGCUCUCCAGCGCUUCCCCGGCAUCACCCUCAUCUGCCAUUUACCCAUAGACUCUCCUCUCCAGCCCGGCCUCAACGCCGUCCACGCAUCGCUAAGCGCCCACCCCGUCAUCUCCAAGCUCAUCCACCUCCUACCCAAAGACUCCUGGCACAUGACCGUCCUGGACGGCAUCCACGGCGACAAAGCCACCCCCGCAAAGAGACCUCCCGGAUUCGAGAGGCAAUCACUGGAAGAGGUUACCCAGGACUUCUCCCAGAAACUGAGGCUGCUGGGCCUGGGGCUGGAACAGGAGGGCCUAGCACCGCCGUAUAAGAUGAAGAUUCGGGGGUUUCAUCCAGGCGCAGUCGGCAUCGGGCUGGAAGUUGAGGGGGCCACCGCAGACGAGGAAAAACGCAUACGACUGCUGCGAGAUAGACUUGCGGAUGUUCUGGGGCUUAGGCGGCCGAACCAUGACACGUACGGCCUCCACAUCACCAUGGCAUAUCUGAUGAGAUACAUUGAGGGAAAGGACAGAGUAAUGCUCAAUGCAUUGUUUGAGGAGCAUCUACCAAAAGUGCAGCUGGAGUUUGAGCUCGGAGCAGUGGAAUUCUGCACGUAUGAAAACAUGUACGCCUUUGCAAGACUGUUCUAUCUCGGAGACAACAAGUCGUAACAGAGGCGUUGAGCUGCUGUAAAGUAUACUCCCUUUAUAUAAAACAAGUAUGUGUAUGCUAUAGCAACAUGAUGUACACUCACACCAUGAGUGACGUGACCCUCUACAAAAAAGGAGGCGGCACCCCAAAAUGCCACAUGCAAAAGAACCUCGUCGUAACUCUUCUCUCUUUCCGUAGCUGCGCUUCCGACAGCUCCCUCGCAAAUACCGCAAAGAAGUCGCUCCGACAUAUCGGGUUCCUGAUGCUCUCUAGCCUUUCCACGGCCCAUUGGCUCUCCUCCCG